UUCGUUGAAAGCACAUCGAGCAGCACAUCCCCUCAGCGUGAACGGCUUUUGAUUCUGAGUACAAGCACAAGUAUUGAUUGAGAGGAAACAUUUUAGCAGGUUCACCUAACUGUGUAAUGGAGCAGUCAUUAAUUAUUUGUCGCCUGGGGUAUCACAGGAUUUUGGUUGUGUCAAGAUUAAGUUUACGUGACCACCCAUAAGGCUAUGAAUUAUUAUUAAUUCUUAUGCUCCCCCAACCCCCCAUUGCAAGGUAAUUGGCAGUCAAUGUUGUAUAGUCCUUCUUUUAAACUCUGUUUGAGACGACUGAGACGACUGUUACCCCUGAAAACUAUGUGAUCCAUUAGAAAACCUCCAACUCCCCUCCCCAGGCCCCCUCCCCGGCCAUAACAGAUAAGUCUGAUAAGUAACAAUAACUCUUUAUUUGUCAUAAGAUAAAGUUACAUGUACAUAUUCAGUGUUACGUUACGAUUCUAAAAAUAUGUAUUCAAAAUAGCCAGCAAAGAGACGAAUACUAAUUGGUUCUUAAAUUACAGCUGUACGAUUAAGAAAGGGAACCAACCUUGAUUCGCUGUCUAUUCUCUUGUGACGAUUCCGCCGUAGUUGACGCUUUAAAAAGUUAUGAAUAAAAUGGCAAUAGAAAAAGGUUUUCCUUGUAACUCUUCUAUUUUAGAAAUCGAGGAAGGAGGGGUGCUAAUUCAAGAGGGGUACUUGUUUAACAUUAUGGCCAAUGGGUUGGUGCUAAUUCAGGGGAUAGCGCUGAUUACAGUAUGGGUGCCUAUUCGAGGAAAUGCAGUGUUUGUGCAAGCGAAGCUUCAAGGAUUUAAAAACGGCACCUUUUUUCCAGUUUUAACACAGAUAGCCCAAGCUCGCAAAUGAGCCUCCGUAAAUAUGCUAAAAAUCUUACGUUACGCAAUGGGCGAAAUAUAAGGAGCUUUAGAAAAAUAAACGGUUGCACCUUCAACCUAAAAAAAAACUAGUUUUGAAAAAAAACAAAACAAUAUUACCUCGCGUAGGAGAUUGUUCCUUUGUACAGUGUGAGUUUUCUGAGCUGAUUUGGGACCUUUUAAUUCGGUUUGAGCUCAUCUGCUUUGCCCUUUAUAGAAUCCUUGGGUUUAGAGUGCGACAGUUUAGUCGCAUAUCGUGACCCUAAAUGUCGCCCAUGCAUUACGCAACGAAGACACAUUUGCUCAUUUUGCAAGCUUGAGCCACCGGUGGUUUAAUUUGAACUGUCCGUUUUAAAUUUUCUCAGCCAAUGCUAGCAAAAGAAAAAAACGCUCACAAGGAGAACUCUAAAUAAUCUCUCUUUUUUCAUUUUGAAAUGGGUUGGGAAUUGCAAGGUCAUUUACCGGUUAACGAACCUCGCCCGUUCCCCCUCCCACCUCCCGGUAAAGGUAAAUUUGGAACAACCUUGGCACGCCGCUGUUGCAAAAUAGAUCGCAGUACCUGAUUGGCUGGAUCAUGUACAUGAUCUGAACAGACAUCUACAUAAUAAUUAUAUGUCCAAAAUGGCGCAAUUAGUAAGUAAAGGCCUUCUACUAUUAUUCAUCAUACUAAGGGUCGCAAUUUCUUCAUCGGAAGAGUCCUGCGAUAAGGUUGAUGUAUGUACAUGCAAGUUCAAGAAUGGUUCGACAGUCAGUUUGAAAGAUGCGGACGGUGGUUCAAAACCGAGCUUCACAAAUAUAGGUGGCAGCUCUGGCCGCUUUUUUGACUGGAAUCCAUGCACACCAUUCGAUGACCCAAAUGAUUCUCUAGGCUGUAAACAAGUCAUGGUUUGUCAAAUAGCCACCUCCACUGGGAUCCCUGCUGGAAGCAAAGAUACCAGUUUUAGUGUGGAUGCUUCUGGCAAUGUAGUUAUUUCAUAUGGAGUCAUAGAAGGUGGACAGCCUACCCAUGGAAGGAUGUCUAAAAUAACUUUGGUGUGCGAUCGAAGUGCAACAGGGAAUGGAAAAAUAUCAGAAUUUACAGAAUCUGGAGCAAGCACAGGAACCUCAACAUAUAGUGGAACAUUAAAAUCAAAGUAUGCAUGUGCCGAAGGAGGAUCAUCAGGAGGUCUCAGCGUUGGCAGUAUACUUCUUAUUAUCUUUUUUCCAUUAGUUCUCAUGUACAUUAUCAUCGGAGUGUUGAUAAACCGAUAUGGCCGUGGUGUAGAGAGCAUGCCAGAGUUAUUACCAAAUCACUCUUUCUGGGCCGACUUUCCUUUCCUUGUAAAGGACGGAAUUGUGUUCACUGGUGGUGCGAUCAAAAAUGGAUGUUCCUCUCUGAGUAGCAAAUUCAAGAAAGAUGGCUACGCUGAGAUUUAAGCUAAUAUAUUAAUUUUAUGCAACGCAAUUCAAA